CCUGAAAUAUGACAAAAUAGCACAACCCGGCGUAAAAUAGGCCAAAAGUACACGACUAUGCCCCUCAAACGGAUAAGAACUAGGGGCGCAAAUAUGUGCAAUUAUAUCGUUAUCAGCCAUCAUGGCUUUUUCUUUGGCUUUGAGGGUGAGAGGACAGUGAGCAUGAAUGUGCCCUGGUGAUAGACCGUUAAUUACACAUGUUUUCACCCCUGUUCUUACACCGUUUGAGAUGUGGUUUCUCGUGUUUUAGACCGAUUUCACGCUAGGUUGUGCUUGUUUGUGAUAUUUCAGGUCCAGGCAAGUGAAUGAAGGUUUAGGAGCGAGUUCGGGGUCGAUUGGGCGAAGAUCGGGCGCAAGGCAAGUCACAAAGGAAGUCGCACGGGCACACCCACAACCCACACGGCCGUGCAAGGGACCAGUUUGGCCGUGUGGGAUUGUGUGAGAGCAAACACGGGCAGAGCAGAAAAUCCAUACGGCCGUGCAAGGUGAGCUGCACGGCCGUGCGACUCUGGCCGUGUAAGAAGCCUGGAAUUCAACUAAUCGAUACGCUGCGUUUUGACUCGCACGGGCAACUGGGUGAACUGCACGGCCGUGCGGCCUGCCCGUGUGAGUCGGGAAUUGCUGGUUAAAACCCGAUUUUCAGCCAAAGGAAAGGAGAGAGCUGGGUUUUGGAUCCCAAACACUCAAGGGACGAACCAAAGAGAGAGAGAGAGGGCGAUCUGAGGGCAUUCUAAGAGUGGAAUUGGAGGAUUUCUUCGCUUUGGAAGCUCGAGGAACAAGCCCGGACUUGAAGACUGAUCAUCUGAAGAUUCUUACUGCAGUCUCUUUCUUCUCUAUGGAGUAACUUCCCUUCACUUAGGUUUUGAGGAACCCUAGCUAUGUUUGUUUGAUUGAAUGAUUGUAUGAGUACUCUGACUUGAUAAUCUUGAGUUCAUAUUCAAUCUAUGCAUGUUUUCAUGAUUCAAUUCUGCUUUAGUCGAGAUUAUUGAUUCUGCUUUGAUUCUAUGAGAGGGAAUACCUGAUUAGGUCAAUAGAGCACCAUAGAUUGAUAGUAGUGGAUCGAUUGCUUUAGUCGAGGGUUGAUUCACUGCUUUGUAUCGAUUGAGAACCUCUUCCGAUAGAGGGAGUCUAGUUCAGAACGCCUUGAUCAGUUGUUCUAGAGAAGGAUACGUCCCUCUAGGCAAUUGACUCAAGAGGGCCUUGUUCCUUUAGUCGAGACUCAAGGUCUAGUCAAGGAUUCUCCGCAUUGUGAAUGAAAGUGAAACAAGUUAGAAAUCAUCAAUCGUUAGUCUGGCUAGUGGCUAGGGGGAAUCAUACCUAAGUGAGUUCUCAACCUGUAAUUAGAUUAACUUUAACUGUAGUUUGCUAGAGUAGUUUUAGUUCUUUCACUUAAUCUGGUUUGCUAAAUAAUAAACUGAAGCUGAGUAAUAGUAACUCUAGAGACCUGUGGAUUCGAUAUUUAUCACUUGAGCCACUAUACUGCAGUCCCUUCCAUUGGUUACACUUGGCCAUUGUUAGGUGUUGUAUCAUAGCGAGUCAAGUUUUUGGCGCCGUUGCCGGGGACUUUCUAGAGUAUUAGGAAAGGCAGAAGUUUGUUACUUUAGUGUUUUUCUUUUCUUUUCCACCCUUGCUUUUCACUUGGGUGUUUUUGUUUUUGUUGGUGCAGAUCUGAAUCAUGGAUCCUAAUGGCUUCUCCAAUCAUUGGGGGUAUCCACCACCAUCCGGGUGGUAUUACCCCGAGACUCCCUGGAGCAAUCAAGGAGGAGAAGACUAUGGAUUCGGGUUCCAGUACCAACCCCCUUACUACGGAGAACAACCGGACCCCUGGGCAUAUCAAGAACAACCUCAUUACCAAGAAGAAUUUCUCCCACAACCAGAAGGGCCAUUGGAGCUGGAGUUACCCAUGGCGGCCUUCACGGGCCAUUCUGCAGAGCCAUGCUACACUCCACAGCCAGAUCCACUCUACGAAUUGAGGCUUCUCAUGGAGAGAUCAUGCUCCAGGAUGGAUCAUUGUGUCCAGGCCUUUCGUGAAACAGAGGAGAUCCUCCUGAGCCUUAAGAAGAGUGUCGAUGAUCUUGAGCGAUCUUUGGCACAACCUGCUCCAGAUCACCAUUCUGCUACCAUACAAGAAGAGGAGGAGGACGAAGAAGGCUACAAGGACAUUGUGGAGCACACUGAAGUUGUCACGGAGAGCUCCCGUGAUGAUCAUGAUCAGGAGUGUCAUGUCGUAGCCGACCACACCUUCCCACACCCCAAACUGAGCUUUGAAGAGGCGAGCAUGAGUGAGGAGAUGCAAGAAGAUCUCAUGAAAGAAAUUUCUUGGCAACUUGCUCUCCAAUCCGUUCUAGAAGAAGAAGAGCAAGAAAGGGUGCAGAAAGAAGUUGUGGAGGAUGACGAAAGUGAAGCUGGAGGAGUUCUUGAUCAUUUCCCAGGGGUGAUACCACAUGAAGAAGGAAGGGAGGUUGAAGAAGCAAUUGGCAUCCAGGCUGAGGACGAAGUUGAGGUGGAAGAGGCUUGCACCGGCCAUGAGUUACAUUUGGUAUCUCCACCAAACUUCGAGGAACUACUUAGCAAGGACCCAUUUGCAGUGUCUCUUUGCCAGACCAAGGCCACAUCAACAUCGGUCCCUCUUGGUGGACGCGAUGGUGGCCAAUCGAUGCUGUCAUAUCUGGUUUGGGGCAAUGAGACGAGAGAAGAGAAGAAGAGGUCUCGAGGGUGGAGACUUCAUCUGCAUCAAGUACAUGAGCCUUCAUCACCUGCCACACCACAUGCUCGUGACUUGAGACUCCACCUCAUCGACGAGAACCUCAACUUCAAGGAGGUUCUAGCAUGGACCGAAACUUAGGAGCCAUCGUCCGGCUCACGACGUGAAAGAAGCGCUUGUUGGGAGGUAACCCAACCAGUCGGUUUGCAUUUCUUUCUCUAUUUCUCCUCGGUUGAGUCAGUUUUGCUAUUUGAUUUUAGAGUCAAUAACUCAACCUUUGUGAGAUUUUGUGUGGUGUUUGUGUUCUGCUUACUCUCUCUUUCUGGAAUGCACCGCCUGACCCGUUCAUCAUAAUUCACCCUUGAUCUGGUAACUUCGUUCUACCCUCCUUAUCUUUCCUCCAUUGAGGACAAUGUCGUGCUUAAGUGUGGGGGGAUGUUCGAUUAUGUAUGCGGGUGAACGUUUGCCUGUUUGUGUGCUUGGAGCCUAGUCCACUGUCCAAAUUUUUAAAUUUGAGGGCUUCAAGUACGUGUUUCCGUGCAAUUGCCUGCUCAGUAUGCUUUGAAUUGACAGUCUUUAUAGUAAUAUGCAACCUAGGGAGGUAGUGUAGCACUAUGGAGGAUGUUGAUGCAUUUAAGAAGUCUCAUUUCUUCUUCAUAUUGUGUUGGUUGAUUGAGUGAAUUAGUGAUCUUAGGACCUUUGAAUUGUGUGGUGUUGUGGACUCUCUCGCUGUCAUGGACUCUUGUAUCAUGUUUUGAAAAUAACAGGUGCUCGAAAAUGUGUUGAAAAAUAAGGUCUCCCGUGCGAAUAGGGCGAAAGUGUGUAAGGGGAGACGGGAAUCCGUUUCCAAUUUCCACCUACUACCUCCAGCCCCCUUACAUGUCUUUCCCCCACACGAGGCUCGAGACAUCCGCUCCUGGCAUGGCCGGUAAGAGUAGGUUGGGACCCUUGAAAAAAGAAAAAAAAUAACAGAAAACAAGCAAAACAGAAAGAAAAGGGGUUCCAACCAUCUUUAAGAAGAAAAUAGAGCACCUUGAAAAAU